AUGAGUGCUGCGAAUUCGAAUACAUCAGGAAACAAACAAUUAACUGAUAAGCAGCUUGGCGACUUAAAUGUUUCAUCGUGCUUUAAGCAAGUGAUACCAAUUGUUCAGGGAAUUUCAUCAGCUCAUCAAGAAAAUUCAGAUUUAUUAUAUUCAAUCAUAACAUAUGAUGUUGAAAAUAAGAUGAACAAUACAGCAGACACAUUAGAAACAUCACAAAAUGAAUUAGAUGAAAUGACAUCAUCAACAAAUGAUGCUUUAGAGAAACUCAAAAAAAUGACCGAAUCAAUUCACCAAAAAUGCCAGAAAUUGAACUAA